CGCGGGGGCGUGGCCGGCCGCGGGAGCGCGCACGGCUGUGGAGGGCGCGGGAGGCCGCGGAGCCGCGAUAGCCGCCAUAUUAAGGAGCGCGGAACCGGGGACCCCUCAGUGGCGGCCGCAGCCGGACCCAGGGGGGCUGCGGACAGUGGAGGCGGCGCGGCGCGGCACGGCGCCGGAAGAGGCGGGGCCGACGGAGCCGGCGGGUGACGGGAGCGAGCCAGGCUGACUUUGGCUGGCAGAACUUGGCAGGCUGACUUGGUCAGCAGCCAUACCUGCCGUGCCUCGCCAUGGACCAGGACUAUGAGCGGCGUCUCCUCCGGCAGAUCGUCAUCCAGAACGAGAAUACGAUGCCCUGUGUCUCAGAGAUGCGGCGGACCCUGACGCCUGCCAACUCCCCUGUGUCCUCCCCCAGCAAGCACGGGGACCGCUUCAUCCCCUCAAGAGCCGGUGCCAACUGGAGUGUCAAUUUCCACAGGAUCAAUGAAAAUGAGAAGUCUCCCAGCCAGAACCGGAAAGCCAAGGAUGCCACCUCAGACAAUGGCAAAGAUGGCCUGGCCUACUCGGCCCUGCUGAAGAAUGAGCUGCUAGGGGCUGGCAUCGAGAAGGUGCAGGACCCACAAACAGAGGACCGCAGGCUGCAGCCCUCCACGCCUGAGAAGAAGGGCCUCUUCACGUAUUCCCUCAGUACCAAGCGCUCAAGCCCUGAUGACGGCAAUGAUGUGUCUCCCUACUCCUUGUCUCCCGUCAGCAACAAAAGUCAGAAGUUACUGCGGUCGCCCCGGAAACCCACCCGCAAAAUCUCCAAGAUCCCCUUCAAGGUUCUAGAUGCACCUGAACUGCAGGAUGACUUCUACCUGAAUCUAGUGGAUUGGUCAUCUCUCAAUGUGCUCAGCGUGGGGCUGGGCACCUGCGUGUACCUGUGGAGUGCCUGUACCAGCCAGGUGACCCGGCUCUGUGACCUUUCUGUGGAAGGGGACUCAGUGACCUCCGUGGGCUGGUCUGAGCGGGGAAACCUGGUGGCUGUCGGCACACAUAAGGGCUUCGUGCAGAUCUGGGAUGCGGCUGCAGGGAAGAAGCUCUCCAUGCUGGAAGGCCACACGGCGCGUGUCGGGGCACUGGCCUGGAACGCUGACCAGCUCUCGUCCGGGAGUCGGGAUCGCAUGAUCCUGCAAAGGGACAUCCGCACCCCACCCCUGCAGUUGGAGCGGCGACUGCAGGGCCACCGGCAGGAGGUGUGUGGGCUCAAGUGGUCCACAGACCACCAGCUCCUCGCCUCAGGAGGAAAUGACAACAAGCUGCUGGUCUGGAACCACUCAAGUCUGAGUCCCGUGCAGCAGUACACAGAGCACCUGGCGGCUGUGAAGGCCAUAGCCUGGUCCCCACACCAGCAUGGACUGCUGGCAUCUGGCGGCGGCACAGCCGACCGCUGCAUCCGCUUCUGGAACACACUCACAGGGCAGCCACUGCAGUGCAUCGACACAGGCUCCCAGGUGUGCAACCUGGCCUGGUCCAAGCAUGCCAAUGAGCUGGUGAGCACGCACGGCUAUUCACAGAACCAGAUCCUGGUCUGGAAGUACCCGUCCCUGACCCAGGUGGCCAAGUUGACUGGGCACUCCUACCGGGUUCUGUACCUGGCCAUGUCCCCUGAUGGAGAGGCCAUCGUCACUGGUGCUGGCGACGAAACCCUGAGGUUCUGGAAUGUCUUUAGCAAAACCCGUUCGACAAAGGUAAAGUGGGAAUCCGUGUCCGUUCUCAACCUCUUCACCAGAAUCCGGUAAACCAUGGGCCGAGCCAUCAGGGCAGAGGAGCACCACCUGUCAUCACAUGCAUGACCCUCCCUCCCCGCACAUGUCCCCGGAGGAAGCAGCCGGGAUGGGCGGGAAGCCGGGCCCGGAGAGACCCUGAAGAUUCUCAUUAAAGCCUGAUUGCGAACCCUGUCGGCGAUGUUUGGGGUGGGGAUGUGGUUGGGCACCGGCAGGCUCGGGCUCCAGCUCUCUCCACACUGGGUGGCUCCAUGGCCCCAACUCUGACACUAGGAUGGGAUGGACGCCUCUCUGGACCCCUGCCUGCUUCCCUUUGUGUCCAUCACCACCUUGUCGGGCUGCAUGCUCUUCUCAGAAGCAUGAGUUCGCCACCACUGCUACACCACCCACGCCUGCGACAGGACAGACAGCUGGACGCCAAGCCGGUCAGCCAGGGAAGGGCCCAGCAGUAGGAUGGUUCAGGUCAGCCCAUGGAUCGACAGGACACUCCUGCUAGGUCUCUCUGUGGCCACCUUUGCUGCCCCUGUGCUGGCAGCCAUCCCGGUGACUUUGCUAGGGGCCGGGUGUCAGGAGCAGGCCCCAGGCAGGUUGUACACCAGAGGAGGUCAUCUCGAGAUGGACUUGUUCAAGGAAAACUGAAGUUUGGUCCACUUGCCGUCAUGUGCUUGCCCUGACCCUGUACUGUCCUUGUCACUAAUGGGGUCACAGCUGAGCUCUGUCACCAGCAGGACUGUAGUGCCUGUGCCUUGUGAGUGUACAGAUCCAGGCGACCUAAGGGUGGUGCCUUGCCCUCCUCCAUCAAGCUGUCCCAUUGUGCCCUGUCUGUGUCCAUGGCCAUGGGGGAGCCAGGGAGGGGUGCUCACUGGCCCCCAGAAGCUCCCCGAUUUUCCCUGCCCCUGCCCCCACCCUGUUGUCCUCUGCCCAAGCUGUACCUGGACACCACCUCAUUCCCAGACCUGGAGAAAUUGGAGGGAGAGAGGUGCACCCAGUUGUAGGCUGAGGUGGGAGCCACCUGGCUCUGCUUCGAGGCCCCACUCCUCCAGUGUCCUCUCCCCUGCAGUCGGCCACAUGUGCAUGUGUAUAUAUGUAUUUGUGACUUUGGUUUGUUUUGUGUUUUGUAGAUGGGCUCCAGAAAUGUUUAAGGCUAGCUGGGGAGGACACAGCCCACCCCCUAUGCCUGGGGAUGACAGGCGUGUCAGCUUUUAAAACCUUCAUUUAGGAGGGGCCAUCAGCUGAACCUGCCUGGGCUUGGGGGAAGGGUGGGACCCUACCUCUCCUGCCCCCUCCCGGCACCUGCGUGCCACAGCCUCAAGCAAGGACAUUGUACAUAGAUGUGUGUGUUUCAAUGGGUCGUCA